AUGAAUAUAGGAAGUGAUAAAACCUUGUAUCGAUUUUCAAAGGAAAACAUUCAAUGGUUAGUGGAUUAUUUUUUGCCUUCAACUAGUGAAACACGUGGUGGAGGCUUGGAUGGAUUCACAAAAAUGUGUACAUACCUUCGAUUUUUGGCGGAUCCAGGUUUUCAAUGUGGAAUUGGGGAAGAUAUCGGUAUUCAUCAGUCCACUGCAUCACGCAUAAUUAAAGAAAUGGCAUUUAUUAUUUCGCAACGUGCAGCAGAAUGGAUCAAAUUUCCGGAAACAACGACUGAAUUCAAGGCAGAACAACCGUUAUGGAGCACGAAAUAUAAAAUGCCAUUUGCAGUAGGAGCAAUUGAUUGCACUCAUUUCAAAAUAAAAAAACCUUUAAAUAAUUGUGAUGAAUACAUUUGUAGAAAAGGGUUUUUUUCAAUAAAUGUGCAAGCAACAUGCAAUGCUAAUGAAUUGUUUACAAGUGUCGAUGUUUCUUGGCCUGGUUCUGUGCAUGAUUCAAGAAUUUUUAAAAAUAGUUCGGUGCACAAUGUGAUUAAAAGCAAUGAUGUAGAAGCAUAUUUACUUGGCGAUGAAGGAUACGGUAUUGCGCCAUGGUUAAUGACACCCUUUAAAAAUCCAUCAAAUCCCAUUGAAGCCUUAUAUAAUUCCACAAUAACAAAGGAAAGAAUUAUCAUUGAACGUUGCUUUGGUCAAUUAAAGCAGAGGUUUGCAUUAUUUCAAUAUAAAAUUCGUGUUGAUAUAGAAAUUGUACCACAAAUAAUUAUAAGUGGUUUUGUUCUGCAUAAUAUAGCAAAACAUCUUAAUGAUACAUACGAAUAUUCAACAGAUUUAGAAAGUAACAUCGAAAAUGUAGUGUUUUCUUCAAAUGAAAUCAGCGGAGUUACUUGCAACCAGAUUCGAGAAAACGGCAAACGAAAACGGUUAACAAUUGCCAACAUGUUAUCAGAUAACAGUAAUUAG